AUGAAAACGUUGGCAGAAAAUGUUAACAAUCCUCAGGAAGCGCUGCAAAAGGCGUCUACGGCGCUCAAUGAGCUAACUGGAUAUACUCACAUAGAAGAUGUAAAGAAGAAGGUCUUGCAUCAAGCCGAGAGUUUUGAGUCUUGCCGUACAGAACUACGCAAUUGUAAAGCGGCAUAUGAAGAUGCCGUCGAUGUUCGAUCUAGUACCCAGAGAGAAAUCAAUGAACUAUUGCAGCGGAAGCAUACUUGGACUGGAGAAGACGUUACUCGAUUCACCGAGCUUUAUCGACUUGAACAUUUACACUCACAGCAAGAGAUGACAGCGAAAGAGAACUAUCGUCAAAGUGAAAAACAUAUGGACCGCCAAUACCUGGAAUUAACCAGAGCGAUAAUGGAACGUUAUCACGAAGAACAGCUUUGGAGUGACAAAAUUCGAAGUGUCAGUACCUAUGGUACUUGGGCACUCAUGGUUGUCAAUCUUAUCCUAUUUGUUGCAGUACAAACUGUGUUCGAACCAUACAAGAGAAAGAGACUGACAGAUAGGUUUGAGGAUCUUUUAGUACAAAAGGUUGCAGAGGAAGAAGUCAAAUUUCAAUCUGCAUUAGAUCAGAUGGAUUCACGAAACAAUGACAUUUUAGAAAAGCAAGAGACGUUACUGAAGGCUCUAGCAACAUCGCCGUAUAACAGCGAGGCCACGCCAAACAUUAUUCCGGUCGUACAGGAUGUUGAAAAUGAUGCUACAUUAUUGUCAGAUAGUCUGCCUACAGAACUUCUGCCAGUGAAGGAAAGACAUGAUCAGCCGUCACACAUCCUAAACGCUUCUUAUAAUGACACUCUAUCGAUCACCAAGAAAGAUUUGAUUAUAUAUACCAUAGAGGGCGCUUUGGUUGGAAGUGCCCUUACAGCACUCUUACGCCUGUACUUUUAG